ACCCGUACCUGUCUGUGCACCUAUAUUAUAACCUCGACUUUCUUUGUAGGGAACAAUAAAAAAACUUUCUACAGAAUUCGAACAAGCAUAUAACUCACCAUGCCGUUAACGGUGCUUUCAGACGACGAUGUCCGCAGUCUGCUGCUGCAGCUCACAAAGCAAGAUAUCCUCGACCUUCAGCAAUCGCUCGCAGACGCGUUGCAUUACUACUCGACGGCUACAGAAGAAGAUACCGGCAAUGGGUGCUCCUCAUCAUACCAACCACUGCGUACAUCCCUGAAGCGUGGUGAUGGCCAGACAACGCUCUUCAUGCCUGCGAGCAGUAAUGAUGGCAUGGGUGUCAAGAUUGUCACACUUGCGGGUACAGAUGAUAAUAAGCCCAAGUCCUCGGAUAGCGCAUCCGUCACAUCCUCCCUGUCCUCUCUCUCAAUCUCCAAAAACUCCUCCACAUCCUCUACAACCUUAAACGACACACCUCAAUCACAAUCAAGCGCUCAAUCCACAACACCAAAAGGCAGCCUCACACUCUUCGACAAGUCGGGCGCGCCCCGCGCGCUCCUCAACGCAGAGGAAAUCACCGCUUUCCGCACCGCCCUCGCCAGCACAAUGCUCUUUAAGAAGCGGCAAAACGUGCACGACCUCGUCGUCUUCGGUGCCGGCAAACAAGCCUACUGGCACAUCCGCCUUGCGCUCCUCUUGCGCGGCGACGACAUCCACCACCUCAACAUCAUUAACCGCGACUUCGAGCGCGUCCACCAAUUACUCUCGAGACUGUAUGCGCCACAUGAGGAACACACGGAGUGGACGCCAGAUACCCAACAUGUCCCGCAGUACCGCGCGGGCAAUGAGGUCGGGCUCCCGCAUCCGAAAAUCCAGAUUCUGACGCCUAGUCAUGGCGAGUAUGACCGUCUGCUGAAGAGCACGAUUCGCGCCAGUAGUGUGAUUUUCUUCACUACGCCGUCUACAACACCCCUCUUCCCAGCGGCUUUCCUGACAAACCCAGAGGGACGGAAAAAAGGCCGCUACCUCGCUGCGAUCGGCAGUUACAAGCCGCACAUGGUCGAGAUCCACCCGGACAUCCUGAAGCAGAACGUCGCGCCGGAACACGGGCAUCGACACUUUCACAAACAUGCGGCGCAGGGCGGGGCCGUGGUGGUGGAUAGUGUGGAGGCGUGUCUGAAGGAGGCGGGAGAGGUUAUUCAGGCGGGCCUCGGGCCGAAUGAGGUGGUAGAGAUUGGGGAGCUGGUUAUGUUGAAGAGGGAUGCGGAGAGGAGGAGGGUGGAGUGUCAUGCAAGGAAGAGUGAGGAGGGACUGGAUGAGGGUGGGGUGGAGUUGGGUGAGUGCGAGGUCAUGAAGAAGAAGAUGAGAGGGAAUAAAGGGGAGGGCGAGGGAGAGGACAAGGCGCACAAGAGUCUGAUGGAGUGGUUGCAGAGGGGGAAUGUGAUAUACAAGAGUGUGGGGCUGGGGCUGAUGGACGUGGUUGUGGGCAUGGACUUGGUGAGGCUGGCGGAUGAGAGGGGGAUUGGCACGAAGAUUGAGAACUUUUAG